AUGCUUAUUGGCUUCCGCCUGCUUGAAAGAAUCGCUGAGUCUGCGGUUCUCACUAUUAGGGGUGGGACAGUGGCAGACUUGUUUAUUCGCCAGGAGCGUGGGAAGGGCCUUGCUGCUUGGGCUAUUAGGCCGCUGCUUCGACCUGUCAUUGGACCUGUCAUCGGAUCAUUCUUUCCGGCGCAGUCUCCCGCGUCUACCUGGUCCUACUCCGCGAAACAGCCCCAAACAUCAUUCUCGGCGACAUCACCAAACGCCGGCGCAAAGAAACAGGCAACAAAUCUUUACAGUCGGCGCUGGACACCGACCUCUUCCCCGCUUGGCCUUCCAGCGCGCCAUCGUGCGUCCGUCGCUACCCUCGCCGCCAUUAUCUACGGCUACCUCUACCUCCUCUUCACCCCCCUCAACAGCGUCUUCGAAGACGAAUACCACUUCGCCUCAAGAAAGGUCGGACUCACCUACCUCGGCCUAGGCGGGGGGAUGAUCCUCGGGUUGUUCGUCUUCGGCGCCAUCUCAGACCGCAUGAUCAAGAGUAAAGCCGCGCAGAACGACGGCAUUAUAAAGCCAGAGUAUCGACUGCCGCCGAUGAUUGUGCGUGGGAUUGCUAUUCCCGCGGGGUUACUCGUUUGUGGCUGGACGGCUGAGUAUCAUGUUUUCUGGCUUGUACCGAUCAUGACGACAGCGUUUGUGGGGUUUGCGGCUAUGGCGAUGAUUCCUGUCCCGUUUGUGCUGAUCAAGUACGGGGAGCGCAUUUGGACGAGUCCGCGGUGUCGGGUAAAUUUGUAA